ACCGCUGGGGCUGGGGGCGGGGCUGUGUCCGUGCCGGCCGGGGCAGCCGGGAGCGGAGACACCGAGCUAGUUCCUCGGUCCCGCCCCAGGGGCCGCUUCCCAGGGAGGGGCCGGGAACCAAGCCCCGGCGCCGGGCGGAGGCCGCAGCUGUAGCUCCGGGGCAAGGCGGCGGCUGAGCUGGGCCGAAGCGAGCCCAGCGGGGGAGGGGAGUUACGCGCGGCUAGUCCCGGCGGGCCAGGCACGGGCGGAGCGGCGUGAGUGGGGAGCCCGCGCCGGGACGCCUGUCGGCUGAACGGCUGCCCGGCUGCUGGAGGUGGGGAAAGUCCGCCCUUGCCUGGGAAGCCCCUUGCCGGCCUAGAGCCAUUGGACAGGUACCGGGUGUGAUUGAAGCUUGAUCUGCCGCCUGACCUCCCCACUCAGCUAACGGCCAUGGCUGUCGACCUCAGAUUCAGCAAACCGGACCCAUUGUGAAAGAUUUAAAAAACUCAGUGUUGACAAAGAAAGGGAGACAGACACUUUUUGUCAGGGAUGAGCUAGCAGUUUGCUUUAGUCCUGCCAAAGCAUAGGGGCUGGACUUGAUGACUUCUUGAGGUCCCCCUUCCAGCCAGAGGUGGCAGUUCACAAAUAAGGAGAAAAAGAUUUUUCAAGGAAUCAAGAUUGUACAGAAUGGGAAAGUCCCAUGAGAAGCAAGGAGUUUGAUCAGUUUUUCAGUGCUCUUCCUCCAUGUUCUUCUGGAAGAAGAAAAGAUGAAGAUUGAUUUCCUUAUGAAAAAAUAAUCUCUGUAACCGCUGACCAAAACUAUGUGUUAAAAUCAGAAAUCUUGACAAAAAUGGGAAUAUUAGUGUUUUUUGUGAUUUACAGUUUAAUUUUAACCCUGAUACAAGGGCACAGUCUGUUCACCUGUGAACCAAUUACUGUUUCCAGGUGUACAGGAAUGACAUACAAUAUGACAUUUUUUCCAAAUAUGAUGGGACACUAUGACCAGGAUACUGCUGCUGUCCAAAUUGAGCCUUUUCUUCCUCUUGUGAAUCUCAACUGUUCUCCAGAUUUCCACACAUUUCUGUGUAAAGCAUUUGUGCCUGCCUGCGUGAAGCAAAUUCAUGUGAUUCACCCUUGUCGAAGACUUUGUGAGAGAGUGUACUCCGACUGUAAACAGUUGUUAGACACUUUUGGGAUCACCUGGCCGGAGGAACUGGAAUGUAACAGCACAGGAAGGGGCCUUACAGAGCUGAGAACAAGAGCAGGAAGAAGUGUGGAGCCACUGGGUAUCAUGGGAAGAGAGCUUUCUGAGAGCAGACUUGAGGAUUGUGAUGAAACUGCUCCUGUCACUGCUGCUGUAACCACAAAGGUCCAUGGAACACAGAAGACCCCAGGGCAGGCUCGAAGGGACUAUGGAUUUUGGUGUCCGCGGCAUCUGCAGACCUCCAAUGGACAAGGCUACAAGUUUUUGGGAAUUGAUCAGUGUGCACCCCCAUGUCCCAAUAUGUACUUCAAAAAUUAUGAGCUGGAUGUUGCCAAAAGCUUCAUUGGAAUAGUUUCAAUUUUUUGCCUUUGUGCUACUCUGUUCACAUUCUUAACUUUUCUGAUUGAUGUUAAAAGGUUCAGAUACCCAGAGAGGCCAAUCAUAUAUUAUUCAGUCUGUUACAGUAUAGUGUCUCUGAUGUACUUCUUUGGCUUUUUGCUGGGAAAUAGAACUGCUUGUAACAAGGCAGAUGAAAAGUUAGAAAUUGGUGAAACAGUCGUCCUUGGCUCUCAAAACAAAGCCUGCACUGUCCUUUUUAUGGUUUUGUAUUUUUUCACUAUGGCAGGAACGAUAUGGUGGGUGAUUCUUACGAUCACUUGGUUCCUAGCAGCAGGAAGAAAAUGGAGCUGUGAAGCUAUUGAACAAAAGGCAAUGUGGUUUCAUGCAGUUGCAUGGGGCAUACCUGGUUUUCUCACCAUUAUGCUUCUUGCAAUGAACAAAGUUGAAGGGGACAAUAUCAGUGGAGUUUGCUUUGUUGGUCUCUAUGACCUGGAUGCAUCUCGAUACUUUGUCCUUUUGCCUUUGUGCUUUUGUGUUUUUGUUGGUCUCUCUCUCCUUUUAGCUGGAAUUAUUUCUUUAAAUCAUGUGCGGCAAGUCAUACAGCAUGAUGGCAGAAACCAAGAGAAGCUAAAGAAAUUUAUGAUUAGAAUUGGAGUCUUUAGUGGCUUAUACCUGGUACCACUGGUGGCACUUCUUGGCUGUUAUGUUUAUGAGCAGAUGUAUAGGAGAAUCUGGGAGACCACUUGGGUCUUUGACCAUUGUGAUCAGUACCAUAUUCCCUGUCCUUACCAGGCAAAGGCAUUAGCUAGACCAGAAAUAUUUUUGUUUCUCAUGAAGUACCUGAUGACGUUAAUUGUUGGCAUCUCUCCAGUAUUCUGGGUAGGAAGUAAAAAGACCUGUUCUGAAUGGGCCAGUUUCUUCAACAGAAAUCGCAAGAGAGAUCCAAUCAGUGAGAGCCGAAGAGUGUUGCAAGAAUCAUGUGAAUUUUUCUUGAAGCACAAUUCUAAAGUUAAACAUAAAAAGAAGCACUACAAGUCCAGUUCACACAAACUGAAGGUUAUUUCUAAGUCUAUGGGGACUAGUACAGGUGCUACAACAAAUCAUGGAACUUCUGCAGUGGCUAUUACUAACCUUGAUUACUUAAGCCAAGAGAACUUCACAGAAAUUAAAACCCCUCGAGAAACUUCUGAGAAGGAGCUGGAGGCAGAUGGAACAUCCACCCAGAAAGUGGAGGAGGGGGAGAAUGCUGGUGCUGAACAUGUCCUACAAAUAUUAUCUACUUCUAAACUGGCUGUGGAACAGGUGGAAAAGAGCAGCAAGGCAGACAACACAGUGGAUAUGAUUAGCUUAUCUGAGAGUGUGAAAAGAAUGUGUGAAGGAAGGGUAUCUCCUAAAAGUGAUUUUACUGAAACUCAUCCACUACAAGUCAGUAAUUCACAGCUACCCAGUGUUUCACAACCAGGCAGUACCAGCGGCUCCAUAUCAAUGCUUGUCCACUCAGCUUCAGACACUAGAAAAGAUCAGGAUUCUGGAAACAGUUCAAAUCCUUGAAAGAUUACAAUUUCUAUAUGAAUGAUUUCAGUUUAUGAAACUGUUAUGGGUUUGUAUUACACUGGAGAUUACUGAUGCUCUGUGCCUUGUAAAAAUACCACAUACAUAUCCCUUGUUUUGCACUUAAAAGUUACACUACAUAGUGGGCAGGUCUAGCAAUAACCACUGUAUUUAACCUCAUAAGAGAGUAAUGGAAACUGAAGUUCUAAUAGCACUCAACUGGGCAGGUCAGCAGUAAUUUAAGAGAAAAAGAAAUGAGAGAAAUAAAUCUUUUUCUCUUCCAAUACAUGAACAUGCUGCUAAAUAACAGUAAAAAUAAUUGAUGGAAGAUGGUUGCGUUAUUUUGAAACAUAAAAAUUUAAUUUGCUUCACUGGCGUCUUUCAGUCUUCCUAUUAACAUUUCUUUUUCUUUUUAAAGUAACUAUGUCUUAAACAGCUGUGUCCUUUAGAAUAAUUAGAAGUUACACAAAUCUAUGGAUAUCUUUAAUGUGUAAAUGUCUCAUGAUGUACUAAUCUUAGCACUGUACUAUGGUUGUUUCUACACUGAAUCUGAAAAGGACUCUGGAAUUAUAGUGAUUUAUUUUGUAGUUAAAAAUGAAUCUUGUAAAUAACUUAUUUUUAUAAACUCAACAUUAAGAACUACUGUUUUGUUUAUAUUGCACAAAUCUGAUAACUAAGGUGCUUCCUUCUCGUACCAAUAAGAUCAAAAAUAUUGUGCUGAUAAGAUGACAUCAUUUCCUUCUGAGCAAUAGUCAUUACGGGAUAAUAUAAGCAUUAAUAUAACCUCCACAUCUAGAGCAAGAUUGUGUCUGGUCCUUCCACAAAUGAGAAAGGAGAGACACUUUUACUUUUGCACACCUACUGUUACCCCCAAAACAGACCCAGGGUACCCACAGAAUAGCUCAUCUAUUUUCCUAUUCCCGAGUUUACCAGAGUUCCUUUCAACAUAAGAACAAAAGAACAUAAGAAUGGCCGUACCGGGUCAGACCAAAGGUCCAUCUAGCUCAGUAUCCUGUCUACUGACAGUGGCCAAUGCCAGGUGCCCCAGAGGGAGUGAACUUAACAGGCAAUGAUCAAG